AUGGCCAAGGCCGAGUCGCUCCUGCUGUCCCGGCACCGCACAGGCCACUUCCUCGCAUUGUCCCCGCGCCCGGAGCGCGCAGAGAGCAGCAGGGCACAGGGGAAACGGCGCUUUCCUGCAAGCUCCCAGCUGAGGCUGAGAGGCGUGCGUGGCCUGCACAGCACCUCGGGGUGCUCCGAGGUGGUGGGGAGCUCGCAGGCAGCAGAGGCGCCCACCUCUAACCUCGACCUCGAGACCAAGAAAGCUGCCCACGCCAAGCUGCCAUGGCAGCAGCCGGUGAACGUGUUCCUGGCCUCCGGCCGCCCACCAGGCAUGGAGCAGCUGCACCAAGAGGCCCAGCUCAACCUCCAGAGCUUGCUGCAAGAAGAGUAUGAGGAGCAGUACACAGAGACCAGGGUCACCGGGCAGACCUUCCGCGCCGCCGGCCACCUGCCCCCAGACACCCCCUCCGAGCCAUCGCCCCGGCCCCCACCUGCCAAGCGUCUUGAGUUCGUGCUUAUGCCCCCAAGCCGGCGAGGAAACGAAGACGAGACCACCACUACCACGCUUGGUGUGAGGCCUCCCGAGGCCUCCCUGAGCCUCCCCACCACCCCAGACAAGCAGACAGGCUGGACCAGGGCCUUCCCCCUGCCCACCGUGGAGGAGAAGCAGUGGCACCAGUCCUGCUCCAUCCAGACCAACAUCGUCCCCAUCAAUGUCUCUGGGCAGCACUUUACUAGGCACGCGAGUGCUCGUCACUCCCUGUUUAACACAGAGACCGCGAUGAACCCCAAGUCCACCCUGCGGCGUAGACGGACCAUUAUCGGAUUCCCUAACCUGUCCCUGCGAGACCAAGGCAGCCCCAACGGCCCCACGUUCAACGCGCACGCGCCCAUUGCGGAGUCCGUGUCCUGCAGCUUUGUGCCUGAGAGAACCUUCAGUGACCUAGGGGAGACCCGGUGCUACCAGACACCCACCAAGAUGGACAGUGCAGCCAUGGCCUACACCGGGGCCUGCAAUGGGCCACAGGGCUCCACCUUCUCCCCAACAUGGAGCUCCAGUUCCUUCAGCUACGUGAGUCCCCCCAGCCCCGCUGCAGGCCAGAGCAAGGGACCUGCGUGUUCGUCCCCAGGCAGCUCCAGUGCGUCGCCCAUACUGGGCUCCCCCGCGAACACUGAGCGGGCGGCCUCCUUCUUCAUUGCCAAGGAGGAGCACGUGGGCAGCAACGGGCCCAGCUCCUUCUCCUAUCCAGUGCCUGAAUUUCCCCCAGCCAAUGCAGGUGGCCAGAGGUGCGAGGGCCGAGAAACCAGAGUGAAUUUCUCCCCAGGAAGCAAAGAGGAGGCAGAGACGGAGAGGGAGCCGUCGCGCCUGGAUGUGGAUCGGGCAGCCUGCCGGUUUCGUGAGCGGUCGCUGUCGGUGCCCACUGACUCAGGAUCCCUGUGCUCCAUGGACAUUGCAUAUGCUGAGAACCGGAGAGGCAGCACCAACUACACCUUGAACUACCCCAGUGCCAGCUCUGAGGGCAGCACAAGCACCGAUAACGUCUCCCUGGGGCUGGAACACGAUGCUCAGCAGAGGCGGCGCUCCAAAAGCAUCUCCCUCAAGAAGGCCAAGAAGAAACCAUCACCACCUACACGCAGCGUCUCUCUGAUUAAAGAUGAGCAAAUCACCCUGGGGGGGUCUGGCCCUGUGUUGCCAAAGGAUCAGAGACCCAAGAGCCUGUGCAUCUCGCUGGACACUCAGGGCCACCGGCUGGUGCACUCAGAUCCACAGGGGAGCACAGGCAGAGAGCCCGAUGGUGUGGCCCGCUCCCAUCAGUGGUAUCUCACAGACUGGAAGUCUGGAGAUCCCUACCAGUCGCUCUCCAGCUCCAGUACAGCAACAGGGACCACAGUGAUUGAGUGCGUCAAGGCACGGGGCAGCUCUGAGUCCCUCACAUCCCCCUCUAUUUCCCGGGCCACAACACCCUCCCAACUCUCCACAGAGGUGGACCUCAAAACCUCUUCCCCGGGUCGGCGCACUGGAUUGAUGUCCCCAUCUAGCGGGUACUCCAGCCAGUCGGAGACUCCAACUCCGACCAUCCCCACAUCAAUGAUCCUUGGACACUCCCCACACCAGGUGCGCGUGAGGCCACUGGUCCCAGAGAGGAAGUCCUCACUGCCCCCUACGUCCCCCAUGGAGAGAAGCCCCAAGUCCAGGCUCUCCUUUGACCUGCCUCUCACACCGCCCGCCCACCUGGACCUCUCAGGGCUGAAGAUCUCCCUAAAGGGGAAGAUGAAAGUCAGCCGACACCACUCGGACUCCACCUUUGGCACCAAGCUGGUCCAGAAGACCAGCCCCAUCCAACCCAUCAUGCCCAUGGUCACACAGUCCGACCUCCAGUCUGUCCGCCUGCGCUCCAUCAGCAGGUCGGAGCCAGAGGACAACACAGACGGCCCAGACCAUGGUGAGGAGCCAACACAUGGUCCCUGCACUGUGCCCGAGAGGAAGGUGAAGCCGCCCGUGACAGAGAAGCCACCACUGGCCAGAAGACCCCCAAACAUCCUGCAUAAACCCCUGACCCUGCGGGAGGAGGGUCCCCUGUCCCCCACGUCCCCACCAGGCAUGACCACCAAGGAGAAGGACAGCUUCAUGGUGUUGCGGAAAGGGGAGCUGAGGAGGAGUCCGGCAGAGCCCCUCUCAACCUCAGCCUUGGCAGGGCUGCGGCGGCUCUCACAGGGCAGCCUGGAGGAUGAGCCACGGCCAGAGCGUAGCGGUGCCACGGAGGGGGAGCGGAGGAAGUCCAAGGUCCCCCCGCCAGUGCCCAAGAAGCCCAGCGUGCUUUACCUGCCACUCACACCGGUGCCAGCUCAGCAGGGAGCCAACACGGGGGACCAGGCACUGAGCCCCAGCCCCAUCAUCACACUGGAUGCUGACACCAGCUGCUGCGACCCAGAUGCCGAUGACUUCCCUCCUCCAGUGGCCUUGGGCACAGCACAAGGUGACGAGACCCCUUCUGAGCAAGGCAGCUCAGCAGAGGCUGGUGUGGAGGAAAAGAGCUUUGCAAGCGACAAGACAGCCGACUCCAUUGCAGAGGAGGAUGAUGAUGUGUUCAUGGCAUCCCGCACCACAGAGGAUCUGUUCACUGUGAUCCACAGGUCGAAGAGGAAGGUGCUUGGGUGGAAGGAACCCGGAGACACAUUUGGCAGCCGGCCCAAUUCUCACUCACCUGUAAAGACUUCAGGGUCUCCAACCAGUGAGUCCCCUGCAGUGGCCAAAACCAGUCCCGGUACCCGGCCAUCUGCAGCUGAACUGCUCAAGACCACAAACCCGCUGGCUCGGAGGGUCAUAACGGAGUUUGCCCCUGAGCUGGAUGGUGCAAAUAGCCCGAAGAGCCAGCCCUAACCACGCACAGUCCCUGAUGGCUAGAAAGGCC